CCCCAGGGCCGCGGCUGGAGGGCGCGCCCAUGUCGCCUCUGGGAAUCAGCCAGAAAUGCAGCUUUCCCCUUUCCGUAGAAACGUCUCCGACCCUCGUAGGGCACCGUACGCCGGUGAGAGGCCGGGCGAGGGGGCAGAAGCGGACCAGGCGCUGGCAAGUCAGUUCAGCCGCUGGCAGGUCGCCGCGGCGUCUGCAGAAAAUCAGGUGCUGGCUUUCCAGAAGCAAGGGGGAUUAGGUGAAGGAAGGAGGAGGAGAUGCCAAGAUUUGGCUCUUGUCAUUUCUGAUGACUCCCUUGACUGGAGGCUGCAAUUACUAAACACAGAUUUAGAGCGCAUCCAGAAGAAACAGAGACAGAACAUCCUGGUUAGCAGCCACUUCCCAAAAUCAGAAGAAAAUGAUCCAGGACCAGGAUAUCAAGCUAAUAAACUUGAUGCACUCUCCAAGCUGAAACGAGGUGAACCAUGGACAACAGAAGAAGAAAUCCAGAGUUGGAUCGGUCCAGACAUUGGGAAAGUUGAUGAUCCUCUGCAGCAUCACUUGCAAAAUCAAAGAAUUCAGAAAUUUAUGGAACAAUGCCAUGAACAUAAUACAUUUGGAAAUAUUAAUCACAGUAAAUGUUUUCUGUUAAGACAACAACAUGAUAUGUUUAAAUUACAUGGAAAAACUGUAAAAUCAAAUUUAAGUUUAGAAAACCAGAACAGAAGCAGUGAGCUAAAGAACUUUUCUGAGUUUAAUGGCGACGGGAAAUCCUUUCUCCAGGAUAAGCAUGAACAAUUUGAUACUGAAGUUCAAUUCACUGAAACUGCAAAACCCAUCAGCAACAAGUCCCAGGUCAUUAAGCAUCAGAGAACUCACAAAAUAGAGAAAGAUCAAGUAUGCCGUGAAUGUGGGGAAUCCUUCACCAAGAAGUCUCAGUUCAUUGAUCAUCAGAGAGUUCAUAUAGGAGAGAAACCUCAUGGAUGCAGUCUGUGUGGGAAAGCAUUCUCUAGAAAGUCCAGGCUCACUGAACAUCAGAGAAUACAUACAGGACUGAAACACUAUGAAUGUGCUGAAUGUGACAAAACCUUCCCCAAGAAAUCUCAGCUCAAUAUACACCAGAAGACUCAUAUGGGAGAGAAACCCUAUAUGUGCACUGAAUGUGGGAAAGCCUUCAUCAAGAAGUGCCGGCUCAUUUAUCAUCAGCGAACUCAUACAGGAGAGAAACCCCAUGGAUGCAGUCUCUGUGGGAAAGCCUUCUCUACAAAGUUCAGUCUCACUACACAUCAGAAAACUCACACAGGAGAAAAACCCUAUAUAUGCAAUGAAUGUGGAAAAGGUUUCAUUGAGAAAAGGCGUCUUAUUGCACAUUAUCGAACUCAUACUGGAGAAAAACCUUUUAUAUGCAAUGUAUGUGGGAAAGGCUUCACUUUAAAGAACAGUCUUCUCACACAUCAGCAAACUCAUACAGAAGAGAAAUCAUAUACAUGCAGUGAAUGUGGGAAAGGCUUUUCCAUGAAGCACUGUCUCCUUGUUCAUCAGCGAACUCAUACCGGAGAAAAGCCCUAUAUAUGUAAUGUGUGUGGAAAAGGCUUCACCCUAAAGAGCCCUCUCAUCAGACAUCAACGAAUUCAUACAGGAGAGAAACCCUAUAUAUGCAGUGAAUGUGGAAAAGGCUUCACAAUGAAGAGUGAUCUGAUCGUACAUCAGCGAACUCAUACUGCAGAGAAACCAUUUGUAUGUAAUGAUUGUGGGAGAGGCUUUACUGUGAAGAGCCGUCUGAUUGUACAUCAGCGAUCUCAUACAGGAGAGAAACCGUAUGUAUGCAGUGAAUGUGGAAAAGGCUUCCCAGCAAAGAUCCGGCUGAUUGGACAUCAACGAACUCAUACAGGAGAGAAACCCUAUGUAUGUGGUGAAUGCGGGAAAGGCUUCACUGAGAAGAGUCAUCUUAAUGUACAUCGGCGUACUCAUACUGGAGAGAAACCAUAUAUCUGCAAUGAAUGUGGAAAAGGUUUAACUGGGAAAAGCAUGCUCAUUGCACAUCAGCGGAUCCAUACUGGAGAGAAACCAUAUAAAUGUAAUGAGUGUGGAAAGGGCUUCACCAUGAAGAGUACUCUAGGGAUACAUCAGCGAACCCAUACUGGAGAGGAACCCUAUAAAUGCAACCAAUGUGGGAAAGCCUUCAGAAAGAAGACAUGCCUUAUACAACAUCAGAGAUUUCACACAGGAAAGACGUCCUUUGCAUGUACUGAAUGUGGGAAAUUCUCUUUGCGCAAGCAUGAUCUCAUUACCCAUCAGAGAAUUCAUACAGGAGAGAAGCCCUAUAAGUGCAGUGAAUGUGGGAAAGCUUUCACCACAAAGUCAGGGCUCAAUGUCCAUCAAAGAAAACAUACAGGAGAGAGGCCCUAUGGAUGCAAUGACUGUGGGAAAGCAUUUGCCCACUUGUCAAUCCUUGUUAAACAUAAGAGAAUGCACACAUAGUCAUUGUGGGACCCUUGGGAUGUUAUAGUAUUUGCACUGAAGAGUAACUUAAUGAAUGCAGAGAAUGUGAUAGUAUCAUUAGUGAUCAAUUACCUCAAAUUUUAUGUCAAAGAAAACAUGUAUGAAAUGACUCUGAUACAAUUUGCAUUGAUAAAAAUCCUCUAGGUCAUUUUAUGUACAAAAAUUUUAUUCUGAGAUAAAUCAUAUGAAUGGAUAAACUAGGAGAGCUUUCAGUGGGAAGAUGGAUCAUAAGUGAAACCACUAAUUGGUAAAAAUAUAGUAAUUGUGGGAAAGCUGCUGCCCAAAAAUAAGAUCUCAAUGGCUUUCAAAUAGUUUGCAUUCUCAGAAAAAUAGUUUUAUAUGAAUAUAGCAGGGUUUCCAGUAGUAUCUUUAGCUUCAUCCUUUGCCAGAAAUCACAAAACAAAACAAAACAAAACAAAAACCCAAACAUGUGAACACAUGAACAUACUAAAUAUGGAGCACUUUUAGCAAAAUAUCAGAUAACUCAUAAAAGAAAAGAUUGUCAGAAAAAUGAUAAGUGAGUGCUUUCUGCCACAAGUCUAACCUUAAUAUAUAUUGCAACCUGUUGUGCAUUUGGGGGAUAGGAUAUCUUGAACCAUAUUUUCAAGUGCCUUCUCAGUGAUACUAUAAAUUUUAAGGGUGGCUGUUCCUCUUCUAUUGAAUUCAGUUAUUAUAUACAAUUCAGAAGAAUUCAAUGCCUAUCAUUUUAUUAUGUUAGCUUUUCCAUAUUUUGGUUCUAAGUUAAUUUAGGCAUUAUCUUGGAAUACUUAAAGUACUUCAAAAUGAAACUGAAUGUUAAACACAUAAGUGUAAACACAACAUAUUUGGAUGUGUUUAAACAAACUGAUAAGUACCAUCAAGUAUUUUAUGGGAUUAACAUAAAGAUGAUUUUCUACACAUUUUAUUUUAAAAUAAAUUUAGAUCCAAGAAAAGAAAUAGUCCAGAGACUUUCUGGGUGUCCUUUACCCAGCUUCUUCAUCAUCAAUUUCAGGAAAAUGAUAUUGUUACAAUGUUACUAACUAAAUUACAGGCCUUAUUUGCCCAGUUUUAACAUACACUUGUUAGGAUUUGUUCUGCUUUCUUGUAUAGUUUUAAGAAAUUUUAUUAUGUAUAGAUUCAUAUAACCACCACAGCAAUCAAGAUAGAGAACUCCUUCAACACAGACUCCGUUAUGCUACUCCUAAACAGUCACACCCCUUAACCCUAAUACUUGGCAACGACUGGUAUAAAAUCACUAUUGGGAAAAUAGGGUCAUGCAGCAUGUACCCUUUUGAGGUUGGCUAUUUGACAACAAACAAAUUCAGAGCCAUCAGAGUUGUUGGGUAUAUAAAUAGUUGUUGUAUUGCUGAGUAGUAAUCUGUAACAUAGAUGUUCCCCAGUUUAUCCAUUCAACCAAUGAAGGAUAUUGGAGUUGUUUCAAGUGUUUUACUGUUAUGAAUAAAGAUGCUAUGAACAUUCUUGUACAGUGA